CCGCUGCGCAGCCUCGCUGGAUUCUUCUUGGCUCCAGCCCCCCAACAAAAGGGCGACCCACAUACACCGAAAGAUGGCGUCGUCGCUGCUCUCGUACGUGCCCCUGGUAAACCGCCUGGUGGGAACGGCCGGGACGGCCCGUGAGAUCAAACUGGAGCCGGUCGAGGUGCACAACGUCGAGACGGCGGCGGAGAAGCGCCCGCGGACGCUGAAGCACCUGCUCCGGGCAAAUCACGUGAACCACUCCAUCGUCUAUCACAACCUGCAGUUCGACAACCACAUGGCCCACAUCCUAUGCUCGGCCUACCUGCUGGGAGCAGAUGUGGCCCAGCUGCACAACAUCUAUGAUGUCGAGGCGAAGGAGCUCGAGCCCUGGCAGGACUCGCCCGCCGAAAUCACGAAGGACGACUGGCGCGACUUUCUCGGAGACAAACACUACCAGAGGGCCUACAUCGACUUCUUUGAGGACAACCUGGCCUUUGAUCACGCCUACGACUGGAAGAAGGUUGUCGCCGAAUACAUGUUUGAGGGCAAGGAACCGCUUGUCAACGGUCUCAUUGGUGGGCUGGGCCACCCCUUGAUCCACCUCGGCUAUGCCUUUGAGAUGGACAGCCGGGAGAUCGCCAUCGAAGCCCUAGGGCUGGCCGCGGUGCAGCACAACUACCUGCACCGAUACAGCGACGAUCCGUCGUAUACAAAGCCUGCGCCCUUCACGUCGGCGUCGCCGGCCGAGCUGGUGGACCGGCUUGCUGCCGACGAGCGGUUCGAUGGGCUCUUUGAUGAGCCCGGGUUCGGAAACAUAGACCCCAUCUUCGAGAAGCACGAGGCGCUCGUGCUCGAAUACUGGAACGCCUGGGACCUGGGCGACGACCCGGUGGUGCGGUUCCGCGAGUCGCAGGAGCUGGCGGUCGACCUGCUGACGGCCACGGUGGCGCCGGGCACGCACGCCUACAACUUCUUCGUCGUGCACCUCCUGACCAGCAGCCACGCCGUGCGGAUCCUGCUGCCCCAUGUGCCCGUCAGGUUCCACGUCGGCCUCGUCCGCCAGUGGUGGCUGCUGGCCCUGGCCGUCUACGUCGCCUUGCUCCGGCCCAAGGUCGACCGGGACCGGGUGCCAGUGGCGACCAAGAGCUGGGCGUAUGUGGAGGAGCAGGCGCUGAAGUCCAAGUUUUCCACGGAUGCCCACUUUGUCAAGGCCGUUCGGGCCAUGAAGGAGGCUUCGCGAACGUGGGGCGACGCUCACAAUCGCUAUCUCAAUGCCGCCGUUCGGUUUGUUGAUGACUUUGAAGGCUGGAAGUUCUGAAGCUGGAAGUUCUGAAGCUGGAAGUUCUGAAGCUGGAAGUUCUGAAGCUGGAAGUUCUGAAGCCGGAAGUAGUGGAUUAUUGGGCAGAAAGAGCGGCUACGUGCGUGUUAUUCUGACUGUUACAGCCAGAAUGCCAGUUGAGACUUUCUGACUUUGUCCUUUCUCCAUCUAAUUGAUGCUCGUCAUUCCCAGACCUGGGGCCUCGAUUUCCACAGUGGGGGUCGAGUCCCGAUGCAUACCCCACAGUGCCUGGGGAGGCAGAUAUGGCGCCUGCCAAUCAGCGGC